CCGCCCAUCCUCGAAGUUGCAGAACUGUGAACUCAAACCCAUCGACGCACGGUUGCAACCUGGCCCCAGUCGUCCUUUUGUGGAGGUUCUGCUCGUUCUCCUAACGUCUUCAUCCUCCGUGUCCAGCGUCUCUUUGGGAACGUCUGCUCACAACAUCACCUAACCCCGACAACCCGCCAUCCAGAAUGACCGACCGCCAAUCAAUUGUCUUCGUCCAAUCCCACCCCCGAACCCUCGUCCUCCGGCCCGCAGUCAACCUCAGUAAAACGGCCCUGGUAUUCGAAGCCAUCGACACAGGCGGCGGCGGCAAACCGGCGCGCUCGACGGCGCGGUUCCAGCCGAGUGAGACGAUUGAUCUUGCGGCGGAGGGGUGGGAGUUGUUGGUGCAGAGGCCGGUUUAUGGGACGGCUGGGUUGGUGCAGGUUGGGAAUGACCUGUUCAUAGGGAUUGUGACGGAGGCCAUCAAGGUCGGAGACUUGGAGGGCUCCCCAAUCUACCGCAUCCUCCGAGUCAACUUCUACUCGCUCCUAACGGAUCGCUACGAUGCUAACCCCGGCGAAAUCCCCGACCCUCUGAAACCCACCAAUCCUACUUACCUCGAAGAGUCUACCGCAGGGCCUGUCAUACAUCCAUGCCAGGCCCUCAUAAAGCUGCUCUCGACAGGCUCGUUCUACUUCAGCCCCACAUUGGACCUGACGCGUUCAUCUCAACGGCGGGCAGUGGAUGUCCAGCAGGGAGGGUCGCCAGUUAACAUUUUCGAAAACGCCGACGCGCAUUUCGUCUGGAAUAAGCAUCUGUUGAGCGGCUUGUUGCAAAUCAGAGAGCAGGAGCUGAACGCUGAGGAAAGGGACGACUUGGACGCCGGCGGCGUACUGGUCUUGGCCAUACAGGGAUACGUGGGCAUGGUAGAUUUCCCGAUUGGGAUGCAGCCAUGCCGUAUGGCGCUGAUAUCCCGUCUGAGCUGCAAACGCGCCGGAACGAGGCUGCUGUCUCGCGGGGUCAACGACGACGGCCACGUGUCAAAUUUCGUCGAGACGGAGUUUCUUCUCUACAGCAAGUUCUUCACAUUCUCGUUCAUCCAGAUCCGCGGCAGUGUGCCUGUGUUUUGGGAACAGACGGGGAUCCAGAUGACGCAUAAAGUCACCAUCAGCCGUGGGGCAGAGUCGUCUGCCCCCGCUACACGGAAACAUUUCGAGGAGCUCGUGUCGCGCUACAAUAAGAUCCACGUCGUGAAUCUCCUGUCGCAGAAAGACGGAUCCAGCGAACAGGUCUUGGGCGAUCUGUUCCGGCAGAGCCUGGACCGCAUGCCCGAUCUGCAGGAGCUGCUGGCAUACACCGAGUUCGAUUUCCACGCCAUCGUCAAAACGGGCGGGUACGACCGGCUGAACGAUCUGACGCUGACGAUGCGGAAGCCGUUGGAGGGGUAUUCCUAUUUCCUCGCGGACGCACAAUCCGGAUCGAUCGUGUUUAGCCAGAACGGUGUAGUGCGCACGAAUUGUCUGGACUGCUUGGAUCGGACGAAUGUGGUGCAGACCCGGCUGGCACGCCAAGCGCUGGCUACGCAGCUCGCGCAGUUUGAUCAGCAGUUUAGUGGGAUGGAGGAGGAGAACUUUGCGACACUGUAUAACAAUUUGUGGGCUGAUAACGGGGACUGGUUGAGUAAGAUCUAUGCGGGCACGGGCGCGCUGAAAUCCUCGUUUACGCGGAAAGGGAAGUCGACAAUGCUUGGUCUGCUGGACGAUGCGGCAAAAUCUGUCAACCGCUUUUACAUCAACAAUUUCCAAGACAAAACCCGCCAGGAAGCUAUCGACUUGUUACUCGGAAAGCUCGCAAACAGCGAGACCGUCCUCCUCCGCAACCCGCUGCACGAGGCCGUGUCACGGGACAUGCGGUCUCGGCUAGCCGAAUACUCUUCCACGGUGCCCGUUACCAUGUUUAUUGGCACGUACAACGUGAACGGGAAGCUGAAGCCGGACAGCAUCGAGACGUGGCUGCGGAGCGAGAAGGUCGAGUUCCCGCAUUUGGUUGCUAUCGGUGUACAGGAGUUGAUUGAGUUGACGCCUGGACAGUAUAUCUCUGCCGACACCAAUAAGUUGAGGUUGGAGUGGGAGGCUACGUUCAUGCGCGCUAUCAACGACCGACCAGGGGGUGUAUCGUACGUUCUGCUGAGGUCGCUGCACCUUGUCGCGUUGGGCGUGUUUGUGUUUGUGCGCGCGGAUUCGGUGAACCUUGUGCGGCACGUCGAGUCGUCCGUUAAGAAGACGGGGUUGGGCGGUAUGGCGGCCAACAAAGGCGGGAUUGGCAUCUCCUUCAGCGUCAACGACACGAGCGUGGCCCUCGUCACUGCACAUCUGGCUGCGGGGCAAACCGCCAUCGACGACCGGAACAAAGAUUACUGGACGAUUCACAACGGUUUGACGUUCCGCGGGCGCCGCUUGGCAGAACAUGACAUGAUCUUCUGGUUCGGUGAUUUCAACUACAGAAUCAACCUCCCCAACGACGAGAUCCGCGCCCGGGUGCGACGGCACGAACUCGCGUACCUCACCACCGCCGACCAGCUAAACGACCAGCGGCGCGAAGGGCUAGCAUUCGACGGGUUCCAAGAAGGCGACGUGUCGACUUUUGACCCGACGUACAAGUACGAUAACGGCACGCAGACCUACGACACCUCCGAAAAGGCGCGCGCACCCGCCUGGACCGACCGUAUCCUCUACCGCGGCCGCCGCAUCGACCUGAAGGAGUACGCGCGCGGCGAGGGGCUCAUGUCCGAUCACCGGCCCGUGCGCGCCGUGUUCGAGAUCGACACGGUCAUUAUCGAUCGGACCAAGUUGGAUGAGCUGCAGAAACAGAUUUAUAGGGAGAAAAUGGCCACUAGGCAUAUUCCGCCGCCGUUGCCGGUUAGGCCGCAGGGACCGCCGCCGAAGGCGAGGGAGGAGAAACCGUCCACGGCGUUGCUGAUUGAUCUGGCGGAGGAUCCUGAUCCGCCGCAGCAGAACAGUAUACCGCCUAGCGUGCCUACCGUGACUGCAGGGAAUGGGGUCGGAUUUGGUGUGGGCGGUGGGACCAAUGCGCCUCAAAACGCAGCAUCCCUAGGGUUCCGCGACUCGUUCCCGCCCGCCCGGCCGGACUCCUUCCCACCAGCGGAACGAUCCACGCAAGCGACCAGCAAGUCGCUCAACUCCCUAUCGAACAGUAAACUGCCUCCUCCCUCUUCGCCGUCGUACCAGUGGUGGGACAAGAAGGUUGAUGAGGCGUUUGUUGUGCGAGAAGAACCCAUUCUACAGCUUUCCCUCCGCCUCCAGCCCGAGUCUCAACCCACAACAACCCAUAACAACAACUCAAUCCCUAUCACGCGAUCAACCCAAAUCACCCUCCCCAGCCAAGCGCGCGCCUCCGCCUCCUCCGCCAGGGAGGUACGCCCUCGCAAGCCCUUGCGUGGCGAUGAGCGAGGCGGAAAAAAAUCGGCAUAAUCCGUUUUUGGGAUCCGGUGGCGGCAACGCGGCGAAUCCCAAUGCGCAGGGAGCUCAGCAGCAGUCACAGCAACAACAACAGCAGCAGCCGCCGACCACGGCGACCCCUGGCGCGUGGUGGCAGGUGCAGUCGUGAGCUUCCUGUAGCUUGGGACUGGCACCGCGCGCUGUGCUCCCCCAAGUGCCAACCUUCGGCGCAA